AUGGCGAGCUGGUGGAUUAGCUCCCGUCUCCCCGGUGGCCAGGCCUACGAGCACCCUCUGCUGUCCCACGUCGCUGGACACACCUGUCCCACUCAACCUGCUGGAGGUGUGGGGCCCAGGGUGGUGCUGUCAAGCAAUGCAGAGUCUCCCGAGAAGAGAUUCAGACUGAGGAGCUUUGUGUCAGACUUUGGAAGACCGCUGGAGCCCUAGGUGUUAUCUUGACAGGGCAAUGACGAAUCUAGGUCCCUCUUUCACUGCUACGUCAAUGAAGUGGACCACUUGGACAAGGCCAAAGCUGGUCUCCAAACCACAGCCCCUGACAGAGACAUUUGGCUCCAGAAAGCCAUCAGAUGCAGCAGGUGGCCAGAGAAGCCGAACAGGCUCAUGAAAUGUGACAUCCCCAACUUCGUCAACACGGACCAGAACUCCUCCUUUGGGGAAGGUGAUCUCCUGCUUUUGGAAACACCGAUUGUUCUAGAAAAUAAGCCAGUUGCCCAGACCUCACACAAAGACUUGAAAUGAGAAACGUGUUUUGUCAAGAGUCUUUCUGAAGAUGUGAAGUCUGUAUUUGUAUGGCAGGAAGUCCCCUUUCACAAAAUUGUAUGUGUUUGUGACUGAGAGAGAGAAAUGGAGACAGACAGAAAGACGAAGAGACAGAAGAGAGCCCCCUCAGAAGAGAGCUAGUUAAGCAUCCCAGACUGACUAAGACAGUGGAGAAUGCCUCAGACUUUGG